AUGGAUACGGCAGAUUUGCUACCGCUGCUAGAGCAGCUGGAUGACAACGUGGAUGAUCUGGAGGAUGCCUUGCAGCCGUUGCUGGGCAGUUCUCUGAACAAAAUGUCGAAGAACAUGCCCAUCUUGGACAAGGCCAAAGUCCACGUCCUGACAACCUAUGCCCUCGAAUCAUUAAUCUUCUCUUAUCUAAAACUUCGGGGAGUGGACGCAAAGCAGCACCCCGUUUUCCGGGAAAUCACGCGUGUGAGACAAUACUUCGAUAAGAUGAAGGCGCUGGAAACCGAACCUGAGCAGCGUACCAUGGUCCUCGACAAGGCUGCCGCAGGGCGUUUCAUCAAGCAUGGACUGGCUGGGAAUGACAAGAUCGAUUUGGAGCGAGCAGAACGCGAAGCCAGAGAGCGCGCGCGGGCUCAAAUCAAAGCCGCAAUGCUCGCCAAAAAGGCUGCUUCCACGCCAGUACAGGAUCCACCCGCUCAACCCGAGGGUGUCCCCAGCGCAGCUCCGUCUACUGCCCAGUCCAGUGCCGAAGCUGACGAUUCCGACGAAGAGAUGGAAGCCGAUGAAGCGGCUGAAGAGUUCAAAAAUGGCGAAGAGUUCAUUCAAUUCGAAACAGAGAAAAGGAAGAAUAAGUCAAAGAAAGACAAGACUUUUACCCGAAGCGAGAGUGGCAAGAAGCUUGGUCGCAAGGCUACCAAGGCGGAGCGCAGACAGGAAAAGAAAGAAAGACGGCGGAAGAAGGAAGGAUUCCGCAAGGCCAGGGUGGCCGAAUAG